CACAAGACACUGAUCCACUGAAGACUCCGUCUGCUGUUGUAUAGGUUAUUGCCGUCACGAGAUGAAGGCUUUUACUAAACUCGUAUUAGUAGGUGUAGCUGCAGCUUUUGUGGCUUUCCAAUGGAGGGGACCCACUUUGGACCCAGAGUCUCUAAAGGGUGCCCGGGUCCUAGUGACUGGUGCUAGCACCGGUAUAGGGGAACAAAUUGCCUAUCACCUUGCUGGCUUUGGUGCCAAGGUGGUUAUCACAGCCAGAAGAGAGAAGGUUCUUCAGCAGGUGGUUGAGAAAUGCCAGGUUUUGGGGGCCCAGAAGGCUCUACACAUAGCAGCGGACAUGGCCAAUCCUUCUGACCCAGAGAGAGUGGUAAAAUUUGCAGUGGACAAGCUAGGAGGACUGGAUUACCUGGUGCUAAAUCACAUUGGACCUAGUCCAUUCGCCAUGUGGGAUGGAGAUGUGGAGCACACUAGAUGGUUAAUGCAGGUGAAUUUCCUUAGCUAUCUGCAAAUGGCAAAGACCGCUCUUCCUGUCCUAGAACAAAGUAAGGGUUCCAUUGUGGUCGUCUCCUCCUUGUUAGGAAAAAUGUGCAGUCCGUUUGUGGCCCCCUACUCCUCCACUAAGUUUGCCCUGAACGGCUUCUUUGGGACACUGCAACAUGAGCUGGCCAUGCAGAGGAGCAACGUAUCCAUUACAAUCUGUGUCCUGGGCCUUAUAGAUACAGACUCAGCUUUGGAGAAAGUCAAGGGGUUCACCAACAUCCAAGCCUGGCCAGCAAGUGAGGCUGCUCUUCAUAUCAUCACUUCUGGAGCCACUCGAGAGGCAGAAUCUUACUACCCCUGGUUCUGGUACUACACCUGUCUCUUCAGAGACUGGUUUCCUUACUUCAGAGACCGUAGUAUACGUAACUUCUAUGAAUAUGAACACUAACAUCUCUAUGCUUCAGUGACAUUGCCUUGACAACUGUUUUCUUUUGGGUUUUAAAUUUUUCAUGCUCAAGAUAUUAAUGAAAUCUGUAUGUUUACCCUGGUGUAAAAUAUUUUAAGAGCCUGGUCAAGCAGGCAUCAGGCUGGUUCCAUUUGAUUGCCUUUUUAUUUCCUAUGUGGACAAAUCCCAUGUCAACCACUAGAGGGCAGUAGUUGCCUACAAGUGAAGCAGAAAUAGAAGCCUUUUAGCCAUGAACAGACAGCUAGUGAAUCUGGAGUGAUUUUAAAAAUGUUCAGAUCCCCCUACCUCAGUGGAAAAACACACUGUAAUGCAGAUAUAUCUAUACCAUAUUGUUACAGUAUAGUUACAUUUAUUGUUAGCUUUGCUGAAAAGUGUGUGAUUAGUUAUGUCUAUACAUGUUUAUAACCCUUUAGUAUAUUUUAAAUGUUAAAUAGUGGACCGCUCCCUCCAAACCUGUACCAGACAUUUUCCAACUACUACGCCAGCAGUCCAGGUCAUAGCUUGUCACAGUAGAAUAUGUGGCAUCCUGCCUGGAAGGGGGUCCUUGUUGUGUCCUUAUGUCAUUGUUCAUCAUCCCAAUGGCCCUGCAGGAUUCCUACCAAGUCAGGGUAAUCCAUCUUUGUGGUCCAUAGUAUUGCAAUACAGCACCUCAGGAGCUAUCCCCACAUAGCCCCAAGGAGUUCCAUCAUGUCCCCUUGAUGUUUUGAAGUGAAGGUUAAAACACGCGGGCCAGGAAGAUUACAUGUGCUCCUGAUGUAGUAUUUCCUCGUGCAGUGGAGGUGGUUUCCGUGAAUCUUGCUGGCAUGCCAAGUAAUUUUGCAUGAAACCUGUGGUCUAGUGUUCGCUCCUUGGGCUAAUGCUCGGUAAGCUAUCAGUUCAUCAGCAGCACCAUUGGGUUUUGAACCCAGUCUGUCCAACCUGUCCACAAUGUACCUUUGAUUUGACUGAUUGAUUGGAAGUGAUAUAGGUUCCACUGUAUUUCGAGAGAGGUUUUCAUGGCCCUACUAAAGAAUGUUGAGCUGAAUAGAAACAUACACAUUGGGGCCUCCUGGGGGAGGGACCAGGCACCGCCUGGGAUAGGAGCCAGUAACACCUGCCACAGAUUAGUGCUUCUAAUGCCUGGUAAUAAAUCCCCUCACCCUCCUCUAGCAUCUUCACCAAGCACGGAGCCGCACCACCAGCACACAGUAAUGCAGGUGUUCCCACGCAUUCGCACACACAUACAAAAACAACCGGCUCUGUUCUCAGUGGGCAUAAUGUGAUGUGUUGUUAGACCACAGAAGUACAAGCAGUGUUAUUGAUUGUGUUCCUUGGAGACCUUACCUAGGGUUUCAAUAUAGACUUGGCCAAGAUCAAACAGAUUAAUCAUGGCUGCCUGAGAACAGUCAAGGCCAAGACCAAAGCUGAAGCCCGGUGCCUCUUUACUGAGUACAUGAAGGGGCUGAAAAGAACUUCAGAGCGGAUAUUUUACUAUAUCAUCUAGCAAACAACAUCAUAUUGUAGAUUACACCGUUUCAGUGGGUUGUUCAUUAUUUUUGGGCAUGGCUUUUGGGGCGAAAAGUAUUUUCACCACCACGUGACACUUUUGAGUUAGAAACCAAAUUAUCAAUUGAUACUAAAGUGAAAUGUAAAAGUCGCAGUAGUAAAAUUAGGAAAUAAGGUCAAUCAAUUCUACCAGCUAUUUAAUUUACUUCUAGCAAUGAUUCAAUUAUGCGUUUUGUAUUGCAAGAGAUGGUAUGCAUGCAUCACUAGAAACCACACGUAGGUGCUAUGUGUUGCAUCUUUAUUUGUAUCUUGCUGUAAUUGGAUUGUUAAGUACAGAAUGUGUGGCGGAACAAGGCAAAUGACAGAAUUUAAUUGAGGAAGACUUAAAGUUAAUGAUGUAGUUAAAGGGCUACAUGUUAGGUAGUUUCAGCUCCUCAGAGAACGAGGGAGGAGGACAAUCCAACUCAAAUGAAACAAAAAAAGAUAUUUGUUUGUUGACAAAACUACAGUACAUAACCAUAGUCACCAGAUACCUCAUAUAAACACACAGGCCAUGGCUGAGAGGAUCGAAACAACUACUGUCUGAAACUUUUCAUCAUGAAGAAUGUUAUAAAAACUUUACAGAUCAGUCAUUCAAAGACAAACUAUGCAUAUCUUGCAGUUUUGCAAUGGUCUAGUUGUCUCAACAGCACUCUCUAGGGUAGCACCAUUGUAUUGCCACUCACUGAUAGCGUUUUACAUUUUCUGUUUUAAUUAAUGCUAGGAUACAAUGCUAGGAUUUUGGAGUUCUCACCUGAACCUGUAGAUAUUAUUUUGUUAGGAAGUCCUACACAUGUAUUAUUAUCAUUAUGUAGAUGUCCAAACAUACCAAUCAGAGCUGUUAUAUUAUGAAGGGCAUCUUGCAAACCCAGUCAAAGGAGCAGACAGUUAACUUCACCUGAUGCCUCUGGCCUCUUUUUGAAAAAUUAAUUGAGGUCGAAAACAAUAAAUGAUUCAAGUGAUACAAAGAUACCUGUGCAAAACAUUUUAUUCCUGAAAUUAUAUGUAGAAUAUUGCUUCUUAGCAUGUGCGUGCUUUUCUCUUUCAACAAUAUAAAAGCACUAAAAGGGAGGUGUAACAGAUGUAAAUCUCUACCACAGUAGGAUCAAUGAGUAACUUUGAUAAAUGUCAGCUUUCGGGGAGGGGGGGACAGUCUUCCACUACUUAACAAAUUAAUUCACACCUAUUUGACUACUCCAUCAUUUAAUUUUAUGGCAGAACAAAACUUGGCUCUCAGAUUUUCUGAUAA